GGCGGCGGGCCGACCGGUGGAGCGGCGGCGGGCCGACCGGUGGAGCGGCGGCGGGCCGACCGGUGGAGCGGCGGCGGGCCGACCGGUGGAGCGGCGGCGGGCCGGCCGGAGGAACGACGCGCUGGUGAGAGCACGGCAGCGUGAUGGAUCCAACGGGCAUGCAGCUGGUGUCUGCGGGGCCGUACCGGGCAGGCACGGACUUCGAGAAAUGGCUGCGAGCGUUGGAGCGCUACAUGGUCGCCAUGGACAUCCAAGGGCCUACCAGACGGUGCGCCGUGCUGCUACACCUGGUGGGGCCUGACAUAGCCGAUGUCAGCGACUCCCUGCCGGAAGAGGAGGCAGAAGGACCGGAGGAAGACGAGUUCACCCGGCUAAAAAGGAAGUUGGUACGGUACCUGGUGCCAAGGAAUAACGUCGUGGCUGAACGAGGGAAAUUCCAAGGAAUGACAAUGGAGCCGGAGGAAAGCCUGGAGGAGUUCCUGGCCAGGCUACGGACCCAAAUCCUGCGCUGCGGCUACGAGCCGGCGCAGGUGAACCGGGAGCUGCGAGACCGCUGCGUCCUGGGCAGCCGAGGCGAGCUGCAGCGGAAGCUGGUGAGGGAAGCGGCACUGAAGGGCGACGAACUCAACCUGGAGGAUGUCCGGCGGACGGCACGCGCCCACCGGGACGUCAUGGACCUGACGACUCGGUUGUCAGGGGCGCCGGUACCGGCUGCGACGGACGGGGAGGCAGUCCAGGUGGUGAGACGCCAGCGGCGGGCGGAGACGGCCAGGCCGGCCGAGCGCCCGGGACCGGGCUCGUGCUUCGGCUGCGGAGGCCGGGGACACUGGCGGCGGGACUGUCCGACGGCCAGGGCGGACUCGGCGCCGGAGAGGGCGCGCCCUCCGGUGGCAGGAGCGGUGCAGCAGCGCGGAGUGUCUCGCCCGCCCGGCCCGGCAGACGGCGGUCGGCGAGACAGCAGACGCGGCGGACCGCUCGAGAAGAGGAGGUGCUUCAAAUGUGGCAGAACUGGACACCUGAAGCGGGACUGUCCAGGAAUCGGACAGGUGGCGUCCGUGGAGGAGGAUGUCGUGAUGACGGUGGCGCAGCUGACGAGCCAGGACCGGCUGCCACUGGUAACUCUGUCUGUCAACGGCCGGGAGACUGAGAUGCUGGUUGACACCGGGUCACCAGUGUCGAUCGUGGCGGACGGCAGCAUCCCGGGACUGAAGCUGAGACCGUCCAAGAUGCAGCUACGCUCGUUCACGGGUCAGCCGGUGCCGGUCCGCGGCGAGGCGACCGUGCAGGCGGAGUAUGGCGGCCAGCGGAAGCGGCUGAACGUGGUUGUCAGCGGUCAGCUCCGACACCACCCGCUGCUGGGGCGCGACUGGCUGCGUGAAAUACGUCUGGACUGGCGGUCGCUGCUGCAGGUCAGCGAGGCCAGCAAAGUGAGCGGCGGGCGGACGCUGAGCUCAGUGACGGCGGCGCACGCAGCAGUGUUUGCAGGGGGCCUCGGCACGAUGGAGCAGCGCGCGCACCUGACCCUAAAGCCGGACGCGGUGCCGCGGCGGCUACCACCGCGACCAGUACCGUACGCGCUGCUGCCGCAAGUGGAGGCCGAGCUGGACCGAUGGGUCAGAGACGGGAUAGCAAGAAAGGUCGACCCGUCCGAAACCAGUACAGGCUGGGGCACGCCACUGGUUCCGGUGCCGAAGCCGGGAGGCGGGGUGAGGCUCUGUGCGAGCUACAACCUCACAGUGAACCCGCAGCUGAUCGUCAAGCACCACCCGCUGCCGAAGCCGGAAGAUGUGUUCGCAGGGGUGAGUGGCAAGCUGUUCUGCAAGCUGGACCUAAAGCAUGCGUACCAGCAGAUGCCGCUCGAUGAGGAGUCUCGAGCAAUGACGACCGUCAGCACUCACAAGGGCGAAUUCGUCAUGAAGAGACUGCCGUUCGGGGUCGCCAGUUCCGGUGCCCUCUUCCAGGAGGCCAUGGACCGGGUCCUGGAAGGACAGGAGGGAUGCCGGUGUUACCUGGAUGACCUAUUGGUGUUCGGAGCGGACGAGCAACAGCUGCUGCAGCGGCUGGACGAGAUCCUCGGAAGACUGGAGCGGCAGGGCCUGCGGCUGGCGGCGCAGAAAUGCCAGCUGGCGGUGCCAGAAGUCGAGUUCCUGGGGUGGAAGGUGACGGCUGAGGGCAUCGCACCGACUGACGGCGGUGUAGCAGCAGUGCUGCAGGCACCGGAGCCGACGGACGUCAGCCAACUGAGGUCGCUCCUGGGCUCCAUCACCUACUUCGGGCGUCUGCUGCCCGAUCUGUCGACAGUGCUGGCGCCGCUCUAUCAGCUGACCAAGAAGGGCGUGCCGUGGGCAUGGACAGAGCAGUGCGCCAAGGCGGUGGAGAAGGUGAAACGGAUGCUGACUAGCCCGCCGGUGUUGAUGCGGUAUGACCCGGACCUGCCGCUGAGGCUCGUGACAGAUGCCAGCAGUGUGGGUGUCGGCGCGGCGCUGGUUCACGUGACACCGGACGGGGCGGAGAGGCCGGUGAUGUAUGCGUCACGGACGCUGACGCCCACAGAAAGGAAGUACCCACAAGUCGAGCGCGAGGCAGCGGCGGUGUCAUUCGGGAUAACCCGCUUCCAUCGGUUCCUGUACGGGCGGCCUUUCACGCUCGUGGUGGAUAAUAGGGCUCUAUCCCGGAUCCUGAGCCCGGACAGAGACCUGCCGAGCCUGGCGGCUGCCCGCCUCCAGAGGUACGCGCUGCAGCUGGCGGCGUACAGCUACGCAGUGGAGCUGCGCCGGUCCGAGCACAUGCACAUGGCCGACAGUCUGUCGCGCCUGGCCAUGCCGUGCUCGGGUGUCGAGCGAGAGAAGAUCGACAGAGAAGGAGCCGACGUCAGCUUCCUGUGCUACAUGGACGGCGCGGCGCCGGUGCUGACGGCAGAGGCGCUUGCGUCAGCAACGCGGCGCGAUCCAGUGCUGGCCAGGGUGCUAACGUUCGUCCGGUGCGGUUGGCCGGCUGAGGUCGAGCCGGAGCUGGUGCCUUUCAAGCGGCGCCAGGACGAGCUGUCGACGGAUGGCGAGUGUCUCGUGUGGGGCGGCCGUGCUGUCAUCCCACAGCAGCUCCGGGCGCGGGUGCUGCGUGAGCUGCAUGAGGGGCACCUUGGCAGCUCAAAAAUGAAAAACUUGGCUCGGCGAUAUGUGUGGUGGCCGGGGCUGGAUGCAGAGCUCGAGGGCGCGGCACGCGAUUGCGCAGAGUGCAUGGACAAGCGAGGAGCGCCGCCCCACAGUGAUCGGCACCCGUGGGAGCCGGCCGGAGGCCCGUGGGAGCGUAUCCACAUAGACUAUGCGGGCCCCUUCCAGGGCUUGAACUUUCUGGUGGUGUGCGACAGCUAUACCAAGUGGCUGGAGGUGAUCCCGAUGCGAGAGACGGGCACAGAGAGCACUGUGAGAGAGCUGCGGGCGAUGUUUGCGCGUUUCGGCAUCCCCCGCCAACUCGUGUCGGAUAAUGGUGCUCAGUUCACCUCUGCUCCGUUCGCUGCAUUCCUGAGCAACAAUGGAGUGCGGCACGUCAGGGUGGCACCAUAUCACCCAAGCAGCAACGGAGCGGCGGAGCGGGCGGUGCAAACGGCCAAGAACGGACUGAAGGCGGCCCUGCGGGAUGGUGGUUCUCUGUCACAGCGGCUGCAGAAGUUUCUGCUGGCCUACCGGGCGGCACCGCACUCGGGCACGGGACGAUCGCCAGCCGAAAUGAUGUUCGGCCGGAACGUGCGGACGCGGCUGGAUACGCUGCGGCCCGAUCCGAUGGACAGGUUUCGGGAUCAGCAGCAACGGCAACGGGAGGCGGCAGGCGGCCGGCACAGGGAGCUGAACAUCGGAGACACGGUGUGGGCUAGAUGUUACAGCGGCCCGCAGAAGUGGAGACUGGGGACGGUGGCCGCACGGACCGGACCGGUGUCGUAUGAGAUAGCUGUUGCCGAUGCUCUCUGGUCGCGGCACGUCGAUCAACUCAUCAGCGCGGAGCCAGUGCGGACCGGCCAGCGGGCGGCCGCCGCCGGGACGGUCGUGCCAGCGGCGCUCGGCGAGCCCGGUGCUGGCGCCAGCGGCGGCGCGAGGACGGCCGUGCCGGCGCCGCCCGGCGCUGCCGGCAGGAUCUCCAGCGAAGGCAUCAGGUCGGCUGUACCGGGGGCGAUCGGCGGGGCCGGUGCCGGCGCCAGCGGAGGCGACGGUGGAGACAGCCGAGUGGUGACACCCCCAGCGAGCGGAUUCACAGAGUGUAGCGGCGACGCAGCGGAUCUGUAUCGGGCUGGUCGCCCUCGGGCGAGCGGUGGAGAGACGGUGAGCGAGGCCGAAGGAACAGGUUGCGCGCGCGGUGGCGCUACUGACGGACCGCCGGCAGCGGUGAGCGGUGCUGGUGGGACCGGCGGCGCGCGCGGUAGCAAGCCUAACGCUUCGCCGGGAGUGGUGAGCGGCGCCGGUGGGACAGGACAUGGCGCGCGCGGCGGCGAUUGUAAAGGACCGCCGGCAGAGGUGCGGCGGCGGUUAUCCGUGCGUCACUCUCAGCCACCGAGGAGGUGGAUAACUGAGAUGUGAUCGGGUGGGAAAAUACGUGAUUUUACGGAGAUGUGAUCGGGCGGAAGGAUCGAGCGGAAGAAUAUGUGAUUCCGUGUGUCAAUAGGUGCCACCGAUAAGGUGGAUAACAGAUGUGAUUGGCCAGGGAAAGUGUGGGUCAAUUUGUACCGCCGAGAAGGGUGAUGACUGAUUAGUUAUUAUCGUUUGGAAGUACAGACUGAUAAGCAGUGUAAGGGCAGACGUGCGCGACUCUAAAGUCAGUGAAUUUGUAGUUAUGUUCGUAUCGCACGGAUGUGAGCGAUGUCAGUGAUCGCACUAAAAUAGGCGGCAGUGUUGACGCUGUAAGUGACCGGACUGGAUUUGACUAGUUUGUGGUGGCUCGUAGGUUGAGUAAGUUAUGUUUGAUAGUUCGAUGUUCGAACUCAAAUCCAGGGGGGCAGGGUGUUGUAUCGUGAGCCUGGCUACGCGUAGUUCAGUUAGCGACCGCCAGGUGGAAACCGGUCGCCGGUUGUGCGGCAGUCGGCCGCCGGCCCGCGCAGGGCGUGGAUGUGUUCUUGUUGGCUGUGCGCCAAGUGGGCGCGCAAUCGCAGACGCGGAAUAAAGAACUCACAUUAUA